UGGUAACAUCUCUGGUCGGGAGCUGCUGCUAGCAGGCUAAUGGUAGCAUCUCUGGUCGGGGGUCAGUCAGCUCAUCGAAAUUUGGAUCGGAACCUGCAGGAAUCCGGACAGGAUGAGGACCAGAACACGUUUAUGACUUUAUUAAAUAAAGGCGUCCCUUUAAACUGCUGCUGGUUAAAGAUUGUGGCCUAUUCAAAGUUAGCUUUAAUGCGACUGAAACAAUACGUCAGCCCGGUCCGCCAUGUUGUGAGAGGCAAGUUCUCCUGCUGUUAAGAGGAUUAUGGAGCUGUUCGGCCACUAGAGGGCGUCAGAGUGCUGGAUCUGACCAGGGUUCUGGCCGGUCCGUUUGCCACCAUGAUCCUGGGAGACCUGGGAGCUGAGGUGAUCAAGGUGGAGAGGCCAGGUGGAGGAGACGACACCAGAACCUGGGGCCCGCCGUUUGUUGCCUCAGAGAGCGUCUACUUCCUGAGCGUCAACCGGAACAAGAAGAGCAUCGCAGUGGACCUGAAGCACCGGAGAGGAGCAGAGGUCAUCCAGCAGCUUGCAGGUGUGUGUGACGUCCUGAUGGAGAACUUCCUGCCAGAGAAUCUUCCUCAGUUGGGUUUAGGAUACGCUGAGCUCAGCAGAAUCAACCCGCGCCUCGUCUACUGCUCCGUAUCAGGUUACGGCCAGACGGGCCCUCAGGCCCGGAGUCCAGGCUACGACUCCAUCGCCUCGGCCGUGUCGGGGAUGAUGCACAUCACCGGGCCGGAGGACGGGGAGCCGGUGCGUCCCGGCGUCGCCAUGACGGACCUGGCCACGGGGCUGUACGCGCACGGAGCCGUCAUGGCCGCCCUGCUGCACAGACAGAAGACAGGAAGAGGAAGUCACAUCGACUGCAACCUGCUGUCUGCUCAGGUGUCCUGCCUCAGCCACAUCGCUGCCAACUACCUGAACGCAGGGAAGGAGGCCAAGCGCUGGGGGACGGCCCACGAGAGCAUCGUACCGUACCAGGGCUUCAGAACCAGAGACGGACACCUGGUUCUGGCUGCAGCCAACGACAGGCAGUUUGUCACGGUGUGCCAGGUUCUGGAGCUGCAGGAUCUCGCUGCCGACCCAAACUACAGAACCAACCAGCUGAGGGUCCAGAACCGGAAGCAGCUGCUGCAGAUUCUGUCCCAGAGGUUCCUGCAGCAGAACUCUGCUGAUUGGCUGAGGAGGUUCCAGGGCUCAGGUGUUCCGGUCGGACCAAUCAACAGCAUCCAGGAAGUGUUCUCAGAGCCGCAGGUGAAACACAACGGACUGAUCCAGGAGAUGGAGCAUCCGACAGCGGGACGCAUCGCUGUGCCGGGUCCAGCUGUGCGGUUCAGCAGCUUCCCCCUGAGCGGGCCGACGCCGCCUCCUCUGAUUGGUCAGCACACGGUCCAGGUGCUAAGGGACACCUUGUCCUACAGUGAUGAUGUCAUCAAAGAGCUGCUGGAGUCCAGGGCAGUGGCUCAGAAUGAAGUGUCCUGAUUGGCUGAAGAAAGAGAAGCUGCCAAUCAGAGUUUUAGAACCAGAAUGAUGUAAUCAUGAUGUCAUAGACUGUUUAAAGUGUAACCAACCCUGCUAGAUCUGAGCCCCGCCCCAAACAAGUGUUAAGAAGUCAGCAAAGUGGGCGGAGCCGAUAUGCACUGAGGGGCGUGGCCAGGCGUGUUAAUGGGGGGGAGAGGAAGCUCUGCUAACUAAUGAACUUUUUCACUACAUUUAUAUACAAUCCUGUUAUUGGACUUUAAUGGCGCCAGCGUUCUGCAGCUGCAGCUGUUCCUCAUCAUGAGGAAGCAACCAGAGCAGCGCUAAGCCCCGCCCACAACUCAUUCAGUCACACUAAGCCCCGCCCACAACUCGUUGAGUUACACUUAGGGUUCUACCUGAGGGGGGCAGCACUGAGACAGUUUAGGUAAAAUGAACAAAUUUACAGAAAAAUGUCAGAAUCCAACAGAAACAUAAAGAUAAAACCCAAAAUAACUUUGACAGGUUUAUUUUAUUGGUUAGUUGCACUUUAAUGAAUCUGCUCUGUUGGAUCUGCUCCUUUACGCUCCUUUAAAAUGCUUUAAAACGUUGUGGAAGGAAAACCUCAGAAACUGACACUCCAUGACUGUAAACCUGCUGCUGAAUAAAUUAUUUUUAUAAAGCAUGAAAAUAAAUCAA